GGAGCGCCCUAGAUCGACCACGACUUCGGGAAAGUCUGGAAAACAAAAAUAGUACUUGGCAACCCCUUCGCCGUUCCUGACUGGGGGUCUGGCCUAACACAUCCCGGCAGGUCAGUUGGGGUCGGAAAGGAGACAAGGAGACAAUCACUGACCGUUGUAUCACGUUGCAAAUUCUAUUUCAUGGGAUCUAAGUGGCUUGCAACGAAUCGGAAUGUAUUGAAAGUUUCCCAAGACUGAAGAUUUGGUUUGGAGUUUGGAAUAUAAUUCGCUCUUUGACAUCGAGGUAAAUUUGCGAGGAAAAAAUAUAAUUUCUUUACCUCUUCGUCUGCUGCAAAGUGUGUUUUGUGAAAAUUAUCUUUUGGGAAUUCCUUGAUCGCCUCUGCACAGUCGACGGGGUGACGAAUCGCCAACUGAACGAGCUGCAAGUCGGUGUAAAGAAAAUAAGAUGUAUUCCAAAGCAGCGAAGUCAUCCCUAAAAUAAGUAACCAUUUUCUAUGAACGCUUUAUAAACCUCCGUUUUCUAUGAUGAAAAUGGUUACGGUAAAAAACUCGACCAGUUGGAGAACAGUCAGUCUCCUGCUGUUUUUCCCCUUACUGCUCAAAGUCGUCCACGGAGAACAGUCUUUCGAGGAAGAACCACAAGACACGACAGCGAAACAUGGCGAAGCGGUGACGUUACCGUGUAAGAUAAAGGACAGACGGGGCGUUGUGCAGUGGACCAAAGAUGGCUUCGGACUCGGAACAGAUACAGAUCUCCAUGGCUUCAGCAGAUACAAGAUGAUAGUCAAUGAUGAAGAAGGAGUCUACAACCUGUACAUCCGGCCCGUGUUGGUCGAGGACGACGCCGAGUACCAGUGCCAGGUGGGCGGGGCGGACGGGGAGCGCCACCUCAAGUCCACGAAUGCCAAGUUGACGGUGCAUUUCCCUCCCAAGGACGCAGAUGAUAAGGUGUAUUUGGAUAAAUCGUCUCCGAUGUACACAACAGCUGGCGUCCCGGUUCGAAUCACGUGCGAAGCGGGUCUGAGCACACCGGCAGCUGAGAUCAAGUGGCUGAUGAACGGCAAGGAAGACUUCCCGCGGAACAGCAUCAACACGACGAAGCAGCGGCAGGCAGACAGCAUCCUGGUCGGCGUCAGGAGCCACCUCGACCUGACGCCGGAGAGGAAACACCACGAGGCCAACUUCACGUGUCAGGUGUCACACCCAGCGCUCGAGGAACCGAUUCUGCGCACCCUGACGAUGAUGGUGAAGUACCCGCCGAAGGUGACGAUAAACGUCGACAGCGUCAAGAUCAAGGAAGGAGAUGAUGUGAAAUUCACCUGCGCCGCCGAAGGGAACCCGUCCGUGCUCCGCUACCGCUGGGAGGUCGAGGAGGUGAGCGUCGUCGGGGACCACACGACGGAGUUCAACAUCGAGGACAUCUCCCGGGAGCGCAACGGGGCCACCGUCGCCUGCAUCGUGUCCAACUCCAUCGGGACGUCGCGGGACACCAAGAAGAUCAGCGUCGAAUACGCCCCUCGGUUCAAGACGGAGCCAACAGACGUCGACGCCGACGAAGGGGAGCAGGUGACCCUGGCGUGCGACGUGGACGGCAACCCCCCGCCGGAGAUUGUGUGGCUUCACGAGGCGCAGAACAAGGUCAUAAAAAUAGGCGCUAAACUGGAGCUGACCGUGAAGCGAGAGACCGUGGGAACGUACCAUUGCAGAGCCGCUGUUGCAGGAUUUCCCGAGGAAUCGAGGUCAAUGCAGGUCUUCAUGCGCGGAGCUCCCAAGGUCAUGCCUCAAGUGGAGCAGUUUGGCUUGGAAGGCGACAGGGUGCAAGUGGCUUGUCUGAUCAAGUCUGUCCCCAAACCCAGCGAGGUCGUUUGGACGAGGAACGCCCAUACGAUAGAUCCGAACGUGUCUCGCUUUAACAUCCUCCAAGAGAGCAUACCAGGAGGAGUGAAGAACACGCUCAUUAUCCACGAUACGACGCCAGAGGAUUUCGGAUUCUACAACUGCACCGCUAAGAACGGCUACGGGUCCCACAUGGCGGAGAUACAGCUCAAAAGACAACAGAGCCUCCCUCUCGUGACGACCCUCGUGGCCAUCAUCGGCGGGAUCCUUUUCCUCGUGGUCGUCAUCAUCGUCAUCGUCCUCUUUAAGAAGAAGGGAAAGGGAUACAAGGACUCCGGCCUCGAGAAGCACAGCAUGAGGUCCAGCGACCGCUCCUCGACCCACGACUCGGUGCUGAAGGUCGAGACCCGCACCGCCACCGGGUCUGACCUGUCUCCCUCCGAGGACGACGACUACAGCUCUCACGACGACUGGGAUCCGGAUGCCACCGCUGCCACCAAUGCUCGCCGCCACGAACACUUCCGCUACUCCGCUGGCGACUACGGAGAGCCUAUAUUUUCCCCGAAGGACGGCCCCAACAACAACAGCGGGGGCUACGUGCAGUACGUGGACUACUCGAGGGACUACAACCCGCCCCCUCCUGUCAGCUACAACCGCAACUCCGUGUACUCCACCGGGGCGCCCCUGAACAACGUGGACCCCCGCUACUCCGCCGCCUACGGGAACCCUUACCUCCGCGUCCCCGCCAGUUCUCGGGCGGCACACGGCGUCUACGGGACAACCGGCGGCGCUGGCACUGGCACUGGCGGGGCCCCUCCUGCUGUGCCUCCGCCGCCGGCAUCGUCGCUCGGGGGCACGGCGGAGAAUCUGUACAACGGAAACGCCGCCAUCCUCAAUAAUAACCUCAACAACAAUAACAACGCGAAUUAUGGUCAGAUAGGCCGGCCGAAUAUACGGGCAAGCGGGACCAUGAACAAUCAGUACAUUAUGGUGCCGCAGGGAGAGCUGAGGCACGGAGUGCACGGGACUCACAUAUAGAGCGGCGCCUCGGGUUCCACUGGCACUCGAGAGCCUCAGGAAACAAAGACUUGACGCUUCGUAAUUGGAGCGAGAGAAAGAAAGAAAGAAAGA